CAUCUGCCAGCGCGUGCCUAACCAAUAAAUCCAUCACCUCCCUGUCGCCCGUCGCCGAGGCUCCUGUUUUCGUUGCCUGCUCUCUCCCCUGGCUUGCGCGAUAGCCACCGACUCCUCUCCCCCAUGUCUGCCUACUACCCGGACGAGGCUCCCGCUCGGGACCGCUCGUCGCGCCGCACUUACUAUCGCGAGGACCGCCGUGACGACCGGGACCCGCGAUACGCCGACCCUAGAGACGCUAGAGAUAGCUACCUGAGUACCCACUCGCGAGACUUGAUUCCCCGCCCACGAGAGGAUAGCGACCUCUCGGUGGAGGAGGUUCAUCGAGAUUUCCCGCCGCCGGGCUAUACUAGGGACAUCCGCCGAGCCCGCUCAGCCGGGCCCUUCGACGACUACGACGAUCGUCGUUCUCACUAUUCUCGCGAUGACCGUGACCGCGAUUAUGACCGCGAUUAUGACCGCCGGUCCAAGAAGGGUGACAGCCACCACCGCGAUGACGAGGAGAAGAAGCGAGCCCGCAUGCUCGGCAAACAAGAGCAGAUCAUCGCUGCCCUUGCUGGCGCCGCCGUCGCAAUCGGAGGCAAGGAGCUCUUCGACCGCCGUGGGGCCAAGCAGGAGGGCGUUGACGUCCAGCGGAAUGUCUUGGCUUCCGCCGCCCUGGGCGCGGCCGGAGCCUUUGCUGGUUAUCAAGGAACCGAGUUCUACAACAAGCACCAGAAGAAGUUGGACCCUAGCGCUCAUAAAGGCCGCGACGGAUAUUACUCCGACGAUGCCGACGACUCCAAGGAUAAGAAGGGACACAAGAAUUUUCUGGAAGGCGCCCUUGCCGCUGCCGGUCUCGGCGGCGCCGUCAAGGCGCUAACUGGCGGCAGCAGUCACGAUGACAAGAAGUCCGACACUCGAAGCCGCCAUGGCUCCGCAUCCCCCAAGGGCCGAGGGGAGGGUGCUAACAAGGUGCAGAAGGCUGCCAUGGCAUCCCUCAUCGCCGGAGCCACCGAAGCCUUCCGCGUCUCCAAGGAGCCCGGCGGGUGGAAGGGCGAGAAGGCCAAGCGCAUUCUCACCGCGGCUGCUGGUGCCGCCACCAUCGACGCAGCUCAGAAUCCCGAAAAGUCAAACAAGCUUGCUCUUGCCGAGUCCGUCAUUGGUGGGCUUGUUGGCAACCGCGUCAUCAACGGCUCCAAGAGGAAUAUCGAAGAAGACAAGAAGACGGGCCGCAGCCGAUCUCGCUCUCGCGCCAAGUCAGACGGCGGCGGCGGCGGUGCCACCGGCCUGGCGGCCCUAGCAACUGCCGGACUCGGUGCCUUUGGCGCCAAGAAGCUCAUGGACAACCGCGAGAGAUCCCGCUCGCGCCGCCCUAGUGCUGAUUCGCACGACAGCCGCGGUUCAUCCCCCGAUAGGCGCCGCCACCGCAGUCGCAGCCGCAGCGUGGUCGAUACGGCAAGACGGAGCCUGGCCAAGUUCGGCAUCGGCAAUGGGCCUGAUGAUGAUGACGACGACCGCGACCGCCGCCACGACCGGAAACAUCAAGAUGACUUCGACGAACCGCGUGGCUCGCGCCGACACCGCCGGCAUGAUUCGGAUGAUGAGUAUGACGACCACUCCCGAGGCCACGGCCGUGACCGGGGAGGUCGGGACGGCCACGACGACGACCGGUCCCGUGGCGGGCGUGACCGCAGCCGCUCCCGGCAGCGUGGAGGCGGAAGACGGGACGCCUCGAGGGGCUCCAUGUCGGAAUCGGAUCUCGGAGAUUCGGACGAGGACCAGAAGCGAGCGAAGAAGAUAAGAGGUAAGCAGAUCCUUACCACUGGCCUGGCGGCGGUGGCGACCAUACACGCGGCCCACAAUGUCUACCAGAGCAUGGAGAAGCGGAGUGCGCGGCAGAAGGCGGUCAAGGAGGGGAGGCUUAGCCCCGAGGCAGCGAAGAAGCUCAAGUCCAAGGCGCUGCUGCAGGAUGCGGCCUCGGUGGGCAUCGCAGCACUGGGCAUCAAGAGUGCCGUCUCGGAGCUCAAGGAGGUCCGCGAGAAGAGCCACGAGUGGCGUGAGUGGCAAGAAGAGAGGGCCAUCCGCCACCAGAGGCGGCUCGAACGCCAGAAGCGCCUGACGAGCCGUGACAGCCAUGAUGAUGGCAGCAACAGCAGCAGCGGCCGUGGCAGACGCAGGGCUGACGACUGGUCUUCCGUAGCUCCUCCGAGGGCGGAUCGGUACGAUGAUGGGCCCCGUUACUCGGACGGGAACCCAUACUCGGCCCUUCCCGCCCCUCCUGUCGGAUACUCCGAUAGGAGGUAACAGAGGAGAUUGGAACCCCCACUCCAUGCCAUGUAUGGUGCUGCCUUUCACAAAUCACUUCAUCCCUCUCCACCAAGCCUGUUGUAUCGUCAUCAAGCUGCGACCAUGUCACGAACCGGCAAACUCAUUCACGGUUCACGACUGUUAUGACAGGAUGAAA